CUUAUCGCUUCAUUCUCUCUCGGUUUAUCAAAAUUAAAAAAUUUAAGAUACUUAAAAAAUAAAAGAAAUUGAAUUAUUAUAAUGAAAUUAAUUAGCAGUGUGAUAAUUUCAAUAAUAUUGUUCAUCUUAAUAAUGUCAAAUGUAGAUUGUCAAAGAAAACAAUCGUCCAAUGCUGGCGGCAUUUCAUUGGGGGAAAAAGUGCAACAGCUUCUUGAUUGGAAUGCUAAAAAGUCGAUUUUACGUUUAAAUGGACACAAAUUCAAGGAAUAUGUUAAAAGUUCACCCAGGAAUUAUUCAGUCAUUGUUAUGUUUACUGCUCUUCAGCCGGCAAGACAAUGCGUAAUAUGCCGACCUGCUUCCGAUGAGUACACUAUUUUGGCUAAUUCAUAUCGCUAUUCGUCAGUUUAUUCCAACAAGCUUUUCUUUGCUAUCAUCGAUUUUGAUGAAGGCUCCGAUGUUUUUCAGAUGCUCCGCUUAAAUACCGCUCCAGUUUUCAUGCACUUUCCAGCAAAGGGAAAAGCUAAAGGAAGUGACACAAUGGACAUACAAAGAGUUGGUAUAUCAGCAGAGGCAAUAGCAAAAUGGGUUCAAGAACGAACUGAUAUUCAGAUUCGCAUCUUUCGACCACCAAAUUACAGUGGAACUGUUGCAGUCAUUAUGCUCAUAUCAUUUGUCGGAGGAUUUCUUUAUUUAAAGAGAAAUAAUUUAGAGUUUUUACAAAAUAAGCAACUCUGGGGAUUAAUGUCGCUUUUAUUUGUCUUUGCCAUGAUUUCCGGUCAAAUGUGGAAUCACAUUAGAUCACCUCCUUUUGUUCAUAAAAGCCAAAAUGGUGGCAUAGGCUAUUUCCACGGUAGCUCACAAGGUCAGCUUGUUUUUGAAACGUAUAUCGUCAUGGUCCUCAAUGGUCUUGUUGUAAUCGGAAUGAUUUUAUUGACUGAAUCUGGAAGUCAAAAUGAUGCACGAAAAGGAAAACUCAUGGCUAUUAUUGGUUUAAUAUUUGUUGCUGUAUUUUUCUCUCUAUUGCUAUCUGCAUUCCGUUCGAAGGCACAUGGCUAUCCAUAUUCUUUUCUUUUCAAAUAAAUUUUGUUUGAAUGACCUUAUCAUAUACAUUCAAAUAAUUCAACUUCUCCAUAUAAUUACUUUUGCAGGUUUUUAUAUGCUCUAUCUAGUUUUAACCAAAAUGAAGUUUGUAGAGUAAAAUAAUAUUUUUUUUCUUAUUUUAUUAAAAUACACAACUUAU